GAACUUUCCAGAACUGCUUUGUCCCGAGUUAUCGUUUCUUAUAUAAAAGGGUGUUCAUACUGACGCUUGUAAUACCUUGUGGUUUGUAGCAUCUAUUUCUUUUUGUUUGUACCGGUGAUUAGAAAUAGACUGAAAAUAUGGAUUUCAUGCCGAUUUCCUAUCGUCCAAUGUCUGCACAACAGCAGUCUGGUUCUUUUCGGGACCUGCUUAGGCAUAUGAUGCAUGAAGAGUUGACCGGAGUACCCCAAACUCAACAGCACCCUGCUUUGCACCACAGGCGUCGUGAGAUACCCGAAAAAUGGAGCAAAACUAUCCGCUUGGACCACUACCACCCCGACGAAGUGAAAGUGGUCGUAAAGGAUGGUACUGUUAGGAUCCAUGCAAAACACCUUGGUGGGGAUGAGCUUAAUAGCGAUGUCCGCGAAUCUACCCGUACCAUAAGAAUCCCCGAGGGAGUAGACCAAAGUAAGGUCCAUUGUUACAUGAGCAACGAGAAUCAUUACACGGUGGGGGGACCCUUUUUGCCUGAUGAGGAUGAGGAAAUGGAGGUCAAAUUGGAGGAUGUACCCGCCAUUACUGAUGGGAGUGAUGAGGACAUGCAGGUUGCAGAAGAGGGACCGUACCAAGAGAAUCUAGAUCUAUCCGUGUUUGAUCCCAGAAGUAUAAACAUUACCCGUAAAAAGAAUGUCGUGUGUAUUUCUGCAGAAGAGGCUACUGAUGAGGACGGGAUUAAAGUGCACAGGUCAUUCCGUAAGGCGUUCACUCUUCCCGAGGGUGUGGAUUACAAACAGGUCAAGGCUGCUCGUGGAAAAGACGGGAAAAUCGCUAUCAUGGCACCUAAAAUGGACAGUUAAAUUGGAUAGUUAGAUUCAGAAA